CAUUGUUUCCUUCGAUGAAGGAGAACGUCGAAGCAAGGAGAAUAAAGACGAGUAAAGGAAUGGAGCCGGUCAGGAGCCAGAGCAUCAAGAUAAUCUUUGAGGGGGAUAUCGCGACCACACCCAUAAGGGUGGCAGCCACCAAGUCAGYAAGAGGGUCUACAUCGAAGAAGACUGACACUGAUUAUGUGAUGACGGAGAAGGACGGGCAGCGGGUCGAUGGAGAAGAGGUUAUCCUUUCGCCGCGAAARSGKRKAGUCAAGAAGUUCUUAAUGAAGAGUUCGUUGGAUGAGAUUGACACGGUUGAGCCACUGAGGCGGGCCCUUCGACAACCAAUGCAGUGCUCUAUUCUGGAGUACCUGGCGGCAUCCAAGCCGGCUCGUGAUGAAUUACAGAUGAUCACGCGGAAGACUCGCAUACCUCUAUCAGAGGAGGGUCAGGGAGCCCCUAAAGCGGAAGCUUCUACAGUAGCUGUAACGGGGGUGACAGCCAGAGAGGAUCGCAUGGCGACAGUCCUUCUCGAUGGGAUGGAAGGUGUGCCUCCAGACAAGUUUUGUAUACUUGGUAACGGGGCCGUAGAGACGAUUAUAAACGAUGGAGCGAUAGUCGAUGCUGUGAUUGAUAACGGCAGUGAGGCUGUCAUCAUAGACGAGGACCUGGCAGUACAAGUUGGACUGACCCUCGAUAGGUCAUACCUAUUCGRGAUAGAGACGRCUGAUGGGAGAAAGCAACAGAUCACUGGGGUUUGUCACAAGGCAACCAUAGAGGUCCAAGGGGUAGGAGUGACCCUGCCUGUCUUUGCAGUCAAGAACUGUAGCUCUGACCUGCUCUUGGGUCGAACGUGGUUGAGCCACGUGCAUGCGGUGACGAUAGAACGACCUGAUGGGAGUCAAACAUUGUCCAUUAGGAAGCCAGACGGGACACGGGUGAUGAUUGAGACAGUGGAGCCUCGGGACCCGAGGAACAGAGCAGCUCUCGCUGUAGGUGCAAGACCCAGUGAUCAGAUUAAGUUUUUACCCAUCUCCGGCCGCGCGGUGCGAUUUCGCGAGAAGAGAUAUGGACCACUGCUCACAGAGGAAGAAGGUAGGAUGGUGGAGGUAGAAGAUUUAGGAAGCAGGCUAAUAGUGGACGGCAACCCGUACCCCAAGGGAAAAGAUGAGGAAUUUGGCGGUGUGGUAUCCGAGCGAGAACGUGUGAUAGAAAUCCUGAAGACAUGUGAUAAGGCCAUAGCUUUCAGCGACGCGGAGCGCGGUAGGAUUGAACCUCGAUACGCUAAGCUAGCAAGGAUUUACACGAUACCACAUGUUCCCUGGAACGACGCGGGAUGGAAAUACGCCCAGAAGGAGAAGGAAGAAGUUAUCGCCUUCCUGAAAGAAAAGAUGGUUUCCCAUGUUCCGAAGCCGUCUGAUAGCGCUUAUGCAAAUCGAUGGUUCUUCCUACGAAAGCCGAAUGGUAAGAUCCAAUGGAUCCAGGACCUUCAGAAGGUCAACGAGGUGACGAUACGAGACGUGGGCUCCGUGCCGCACGCCGAUUUUCUGGCAAAAGGCGCGGCAGGUAGGUCGAUCUAUUCGGUCUGUGAUCUGUUCUCAGGCUAUGAUGAGGUACCGCUUGACCCUAGGGACAGACACCUCACGGCUAUGCAUACGCCAUUGGGACUUAUUCAAAUGAUGGUUGUCCCUAUGGGUUGGACUAAUGGGGUAGCCGUUUUUCAGAGAGCCAUGGUAGCCGUCCUCAAGGACUUCAUCCCUGGUAAGGUUGAAGUUUUUCUGGAUGACUUUCCUAUAAAAGGACCAGUAGACAGCGAUGAGACAGAGGUUAUACCUGGAGUUAGAAGAUUCGUCGAGCAACACCUAACAGACAUUUGCGCGGUACUCGAGCAGCUGGACGAUGCGAAUUUGACAGUCAGCGGGACCAAGAGCCGAUGGGCCGUCUCGACUAUUAAGAUCUUGGGCUUUAUAUGUGACUCGAGAGGACGCCGAGCAGACCCGGCGAAGUUAGACAAACUCCUGAACUGGCCGUCACCGUUACAUAGCCCAACCGAGGUCCGACAGUUUCUGGGAGUGGUCGGUUACUGGCGUAUAUUCAUACGGGGGUAUGCGGAGAAGGCUGAUUCAUUGAGGUUACUCCUUCGAAAGACUGAAAAAUUCUACUGGGAUUCUUCGCAGGAACUCGCAAUGCAAGAACUUAAAGACGAAUUUAAGGAGGGAGGACGCGUGUUGGGCGUGCCAUUCUUUGACGAUGAGACCGAGAGACCCUUCAUAGUAUCCACGGAUGCUGGACCAUGUUCAAUGGGUGGUUUGCUGUCUUAGAAGAACGCUGGAGGGAAGGAAAGACUGUUAAGAUUUGAGAGUAAGACACUUAAUACGGCUGAGCGUAACUACAGUU